AUGUGUCGUUUACCAAUAUUAAUUGUUUUUAUAUGCAUUUUAUUGAAUCAACAGCAAGUUGCUUGUGUUCGAUUUUUAUCAUAUGACGAAAUUGAACGAAGUCCAUACCCAUCUCGAUCAUUAAUUGGGCACAAUGCCUGGUAUAAUUAUUUAAAUGACAUGGAUGAAAGUGAACAACAUGAACCGAAUUAUAAUCUAUGGAAACGUGUUGCAUCAAAAAUCUCAUCGACUCGACAAAGACGACGCUUCGGUAAUACUCGCUAUGGCCGUAGUUUACCUUCAACAUAA